AUGGCUACUGCCCUUGUAAUUGUGACCUCGCGUCACAAUGGUUUAAGCCCGGUGCUAGCUAACAAGUACAGCUUGACAUUAGCUGUAAAGGCCAUGACGCAAAAUAGCGCAAUUGAUAAAGCAAAACUUAUCAUGCAGGCAGGCACAUUUAACAACAUGAAUGAUGCCAUUUCAAAAUUUGUCAACAGUGGUACGGAAGCAACAGGACAGGCAAAUUCGGUAUUGUAUUUCCGUCAUGAACAAUUUGGAAAUAAUAGAGGUAACCGUGGAAAGGGUAAUAACCACAAUAAUGGUUACCGCAACUACAAUAACUACAAUAGAGGAAAUUUCAGAGGAAGUUCCCGUGGUUACAACCGAGAAAGGAAUAAUUCCAACCGCGGUAACAAGCAAAGUAAUAAUAGUAAUGGAAACGAUCGAAUUACUCAAGGCGGUAUGGCUACUGCCCUUGUAAUUGUGACCUCGCGUCACAAUGGUUUAAGCCCGGUGCUAGCUAACAAGUACAGCUUGACAUUAGCUGUAAAGGCCAUGACGCAAAAUAGCGCAAUUGAUAAAGCAAAACUUAUCAUGCAGGCAGGCACAUUUAACAACAUGAAUGAUGCCAUUUCAAAAUUUGUCAACAGUGGUACGGAAGCAACAGGACAGGCAAAUUCGGUAUUGUAUUUCCGUCAUGAACAAUUUGGAAAUAAUAGAGGUAACCGUGGAAAGGGUAAUAACCACAAUAAUGGUUACCGCAACUACAAUAACUACAAUAGAGGAAAUUUCAGAGGAAGUUCCCGUGGUUACAACCGAGAAAGGAAUAAUUCCAACCGCGGUAACAAGCAAAGUAAUAAUAGUAAUGGAAACGAUCGAAUUACUCAAG